ACGGCCUCCCUCUUUCUUGUCGCUGCGCCUGCGUCCGAUUCACCGUCGCGCCGCCGCCGCAUGCUCUGCUCUCUCGCUCGCUCGCCGCCGCCUCCUCCUACUAGCUCUUCCCGCCGCCGCUGAUCCGGUCAGAAACCUCCAGUCUCUUGGCUCUGCCGCUUCGACCACCAGCCAUGGCAACCGAGCAGCCGUCGGAGAAGAAGCCGCCAGCAUCGGGAGGAGAGAAGAAGGCCCCGCUCCCCAAGGUGGUCACGCUCAACAAGGCCCUCAAGCUGGCACAGACAUGGGUGGACAAAAUGAGUGCAUCAGACCAGGAUGAACCCAAAGCUAAGGAUUUUGAGGGUCGCCCACCAGGGCUUGGUCUUGGUGCUAAAGUGGCACCUAAUGUAAAACGUGCGGCUCCUACUGAUCCAGUGGAAAGGAGGUUGCUGGGGAAGGUGAACGCGCAAAAGAGAAAGGCCACCGAGGAGGAGAAGACAAUUGCUCAGGAGGUGAAUGAUGAUAGUGAUGAUGACAGUGGUGAGACUGAAAGCAGAACUAGUGCCUUUAGCAAGAAGAGGACGGCGCCUUCGGUUACUGCCAUGCCAUUGGGGAAGAAGGCCAGGUGACAGUGCUUCUGUCCCAGGUGGCAACCUGCCAUUCUGAUCAACAAACCAUUUCCUGGCACUAGAGGAUGCUGAUAUGACCCGAAGUCGUCGCAAAGGCCAGCAAGCGUAUCUUGUUCUUCUGUGAGCACUCCCUCGCUCCUUUCCUGCAUGCUCAUCUUCUUGCUCUAUCUGCUUUGUCAACUCUUCUAUCCUCAGUUGUAGCCCAGCAGAUCUACUGUCUGCAAGCUUGAGGCAUUCAUCAGCAGCAGCUUGUGCUGCCAUUGCAGUGGCAGCUAGUUUUUCUUUCAGCUGUAGCUUACUGUUUGCAGCUUCCAAGUCUGCUUUUACCCUUCUCAGUUCUUCUGUGAGCAAGGCGACCUGAAAGGGACCUAACUGAUGAGAACAUGCAUAAUGCUCAUGAUAAAUGACGUUAUUAGGUGUCA